AUAAAAACUGAAGAGAAAAACAUGAGUCCCACCACCGUCGACGUUGAUCGCUCCGCCUCUUCAGCCGAUAUCGAAGUGAGAGAUUACGUGGUGAACCAAAGAAACGGAGUGAAAGGUCUCGUGGACUUUCUAACCCUAACCACGCUUCCUCCUCCAUACAUUCAACCUCCUCAAGAACGCUUCACUUCCGACAAGAUCCUCCUGGGAUCACCAAUUCCGGUCAUUGACGUGUCCGAUUGGAAUGACCCGCAAGUGGCUAGAGAGAUCUGCCAUGCAGCCACGAAGCUCGGGUUGUUUCAGAUCGUUAACCACGGUAUAGCUCCAGAGGAGCUGAAGGGUAUCAUUGCUGCGGCGCGUGGGUUUUUUGAGUUGCCGACGGAGGAGAGAAGAAGGUAUUGGAGAGGGAGCUCGGUGUCGGAGACGGCUUGGUUGACCACAAGUUUCAAUCCUUACAAAGAGAGUGUUUUGGAGUGGAGAGAUUUCCUCAAGUUUGAGUAUGUUUCUCAGCAACAUGACUUCACCGCCACGUGGCCUCUUGUCUGCAAGGUACAAGUGAUAGACCAUUUCAAGAGGAUCAAACCGAUCGCCGAGAAGAUCUUAAAGAUACUCAUGAACAAUCUAAACUCAAGCAUCGACGAGUCCAAUAAAAAAACCCUAAUGGGAACUAUGAGAAUGAACUUCAACUACUACCCGAAAUGUCCUGAGCCAAGCCUGGCAAUGGGAACUGGUCGCCACUCUGACAUCAACACUCUCACUCUCCUCCUACAAGAAGACGGUGUCUUAGGCAGCCUGUACGCUCGAGCAACCGAGGAUGGGGACAAAUGGAUUCACGUUCCUCCGACGCCGGGAGCAAUUGUGGUCAAUAUUGGAGACGUGUUGCAAAUAUUGAGCAAUGAUAGGUAUAGGAGCGUGGAGCAUUGCGUGGUGGUCAAUAAGUGUGUUAGCCGGGUUUCCAUUCCGGUUUUCUGCGGACCGGUUAACGAGUCAGUUAUUGAACCGUUACCGGAAGUGUUAUUAGAGAACAAUGAGAUGGCUCGGUAUAGAAAGAUUGUGUAUUCUGACUACUUGAAGGGUUUCUUUGAAAGACCUCAUGAUGGAAAGAAGACUAUUGAGUCGAUCAGAUUACCAUAAUAUGAUUUUACAAAGCUUGAAAUCAUGUCUAUCUGUUUCUCAAAAAUCGAAUAAAUGGUUUACAUACAAUUUUGAAUUC